AAUUCAAGCAGGAGCUGAGCAGCCUCUCCAGGCUCUGUGAGGCAAAUCCUCUCUGAGGAGGGGAACCACUGAAAGGAGACAGAGGAAACCCCUCUUUAUCUGUUUUUUACCCUUUUMUAGCCAAAGGAAGAAGCACCAGGGACAGAAAUCAAGAUGCUGGCGAUGUCAAACAGCACGGCCCUGAACCUGCUGCUGUCCAAGCUGCUGCAGGACUGCCUGGCCCGGACCAACAGCUCAAGCCCUGCGCCCGUGAGCAAGGCCAGCGAUGACCUGGAGAUCAUCUACGUGCUGCUGCUGGUGGGGCUGUUCGGGUUCUUCACCCUGGGGGUGAUGGUCAGCAACCUGCAGGCGCGGCGGGGAGAGGGGCCCCGCGACCCCUACAACACCUACAUCGCCACCGACGCCUGGCACAGGAGGGACCUGCAGUACUGCCAGGCCAAACUCAUCGAGAACUACAAACUCUGCUGYGUCCUGGAGAACCAGCGGGCUGUGGAGCAGCCAGCCAGAAGGAUUCCYGAGGAGAAACGCUCCUAG